CAAGGCACCCAGGCUGUUCUCUGUUAGCUCCUCCACUAGCUGAAGAAGAAACACAGGACAGAGACUCUGAGGGAGACACAAGUUGUCUUCGGCAGAGGCCAUAAGGGCUGUGUGAGUGUGUGUCUGUGAAAUUCUUCACAUUGGUUGAAGCUGUAUGGAGGGUGUGUGUGUGUGGUGUUUUGUUGCUGAGGUUUAAGCUGGUGCGUAUGUGUGAAGGGCGUGUUGUUAGUGGUCAAUCCAUGUGUUAAGGAUUUGACAAGGUGGGUUAUGGAUAUGUGUGUUUCUGUGUUAAGAAAUGAACAGUCUUUAGUUAGUGUUGUCAGUGACACUACAGGCUUGUUUGAGGCUCUGAGCUGUUGUGUAGAUUUACGACAGGACUGAUUUGUAUGCAAGACUAGAGAGUACAUUUUUUUGUCUUGUCAUUGGAACUUAAUUUUAUAUAGCCUAGCAUAUGUGUUUGUAUGUGUUCCAGCGUAUCAGUGUGUGUUUUUGUGCGAGAAUUUGCUUCUGUGUGUGAGAGACUAGCUGUGUGCUUGAGUGUGUGUGAGCCGGUGUGUGUGUGUGUACCCACCAUGCCCCUGCCUGUGCCCGAUGUCCCGGCCUCUCGGAGGCUGACACUGGACUGUCGUUUCCUCCUGGAUCAUCGCGUUGGCAGGGGGGUGUGUGGUUGCUGUGGGGCUCUGAGGCCCCGCUACAAGAGACUGGUGGACAACAUUUUCCCAGAGGAUCCAGAGGACGGGUUGGUGAAGGCUAACAUGGAGAAGUUGACGUUCUAUGCCCUGUCAGCUCCAGAGAAGCUGGACCGUAUCGGGGCCUACCUGUCAGAGAGGCUCUCCAGGGACGUGGCUAGGCACCGCUACGGGUAUGUGUGUAUAGCUAUGGAGGCUCUGGAUCAGUUGCUGAUGGCGUGCCACUGUCAGAGCAUCAACCUGUUUGUGGAGAGUUUCCUUAAGAUGGUCCGUAAACUGCUGGAGGCCGACAAACCCAACCUACAGAUCCUGGGAACCAACUCUUUUGUGAAGUUUGCCAACAUUGAGGAGGACACUGCUUCUUAUCAUCGCAGCUAUGACUUCUUUGUUUCGCGCUUCAGCGAGAUGUGUCACUCCAGCUACGAGGACCCAGACAUCCGUACCAAGUGAGUGGACGUUAUAUGGAUGAUCAAUUGAUGUUGCAGAUUAGGGCUGUCCCUGACAAAAAAAAAUCUUAGUCAACCGAGCGUUGUCUUUUCUUUCGACCAAUUGAUUGGUAGAAAUGUUAAAACUUAUAUUUUUCCUUAUCGACACACCCUAUGUGUUUUAAUAAAAUCAACAAUAUUUACUGAAUUGUCUGUUGCUUAACCUUUUCUCAUGUGAGUUCCAAAUAUAUCUAACGGUCGCCCCAGCCUGAGAUUGUUUUAUGCGCGUGAUGUCAGAAUGCACUCACUUCAAAAAUGGGAUUGUUACGAAACAGGACUGGUAACCCACACUGCCCUCAAUCCAAGACACAUGCCACCUGCUAAUUAUCUAUAGUCUAUAUUUCAACAUGUUAAUUUUAAAUGAUUUCAUAACAAGUUGUAUUAAUUCACAUAGAAGUAGCCCAUUUCAUUGUUGCGGCCAAUUUAUGUAUGAGGCUUUACUGAACUGGACAAACGUCUCCCUUUGAGAGCCCAUGCACCUCACCAGUUGUUCCCCCAGAUCAAGUAUGCAGACAUUUGCGCAGUCUAGCACAAACCUUUUCCCCCUGGCACAUUUUCUGGCUGGUGCUUGCAUUUCCUUCACUGUUGUUUUCCUUACAAAUAAUAACUUUGGACAUGUGUGCGUUCCAAUCAAGGGUAGUGUGUUAUUUUCUGUAUAUCGUGUUGUCGUUUCUACUGUAGCAUACCGUAUGGAGCAUAAUGUAUUUACAGUAAAAAAAUAUAUAUUUUUUUUUUUCAAGUUCUGGUGACAAUUCAUGCAUUCUGAUUCUUGCGUAGAUUGUAAUGGACACAUACAGUGCAUUGGGAAAGUAUUCUGACCCCUUCACGUUUUACACCUUUUUGUUGUGUUAGUCUUAUUCUAAAAAUGGAUUAAAUUGUUUUU